CCUGACUGCGCAUGCGUGUGCGAUCAUGGUGGCAGUCAGUGAGUGUGUCAGCUGUGGAAGUUCUCUGGCAGAGAUGGGCUGCUAGCUCGGUUAGCUCUGGACCCUCUACACGUUCCACACCCCGCACAGAGAGCAGAGCACACGGGGAGUGAAGGAGAGCCAUGACAGCCAACGAGGACCAGGAGAUGGAGCUGGAGGCUCUUCGCUCCAUCUACGAGGGGGAUGAGUGUUUCAAAGAGAUCAGCCCAGUUUCCUUUCAGUUUAGGAUAGGAGAGCUCGAGGACACCAAAGCGUUCAUCCUGGACAUCACGUGGCCGGAGACGUACCCUGAGACGGCGCCAACAAUGUCCCUUGAUGCCUUUUUUAACAACAGAAUCUCUGCAGACACAAAGCAGCAGAUCCUGUCGAAGCUGGAGGAGCAGGUGGAGGCCAACCUGGGCACCGCGAUGAUGUACACUCUGUUCGAGUGGGCCAAGGAGAACCAGGAGGCCCUCAUGGAGAACCACAAGCCUGUAGUCACUGCUGUGACGUUGACAUCGAGUAGUGACGUGAUGACGACUGCCUCAACAGCCAAGAAGAAGGAGAAGAAGGAGCAGCUGACCAAAGCUCAGAAGAGGAGGAUCAUCAGCAGAACAGAUAACAAAGGGGAGCUGCCGAGAGGCUGGAACUGGGUCGACGUUAUCAAACAUCUCAGUAAAACGGGAGGUAAAGAUGACGAGUAGGCCCGCGAGCAGAGACGUGGUGCUGCUUUACACGAGGCCGGCGCGGUGUGAACUGGCUGCAGCCUGUCGAUGAUGCUGCUCCUGUCUAGAUGCCUUCACAUCCUUCAACGUUUAACACUCAGCACGGCUGCUUCCACCCUGAGAACCAAAGCAGGCUGGGUAACUGUGGACUCGAGGACACAAACACACACAAAACACAUUAUUACUAUUAUUAUUAUUCUGGCUGUGAUUUCUGUGUAUGUUUCUGUGAGUCGCACUGCUCCACAGCACUCAGAUAUCCAUCAUGGUGGAGCGUGCUGGAGAUACUUGCUGUCACUGCCAUGUUUUCUGUCAGACGACACCCAGCUGCCAGGCACUGGAGCCGUAAAUGUUGGAGUGUGGUUCUAAGGUGGAUGUGUCAAAGUGUCAAGUAGCAUCCUGCUGUUACUGUAAGGUAUCAUGUGACUUUGUGAAAGCAGAGACAUUUUUAAUAACACACAAAAUGUUUCCUUGUUUUGACAAAUGUUUCUUUGCCCCAAUGAAUUGAAAAACUUCAAUUUUUAUAUAUAAAUAAAACCAUAUUUGGUCUAUUGCUUGUCUAA